GUCUCCCCGGUGAACAAAAAACAGUGUCGUGCGUGUUGUUGAAGCAAAACAACCCAUGUUAUUGUGCUACAGUUAUUAUUAAAUACAGAACAACAACAUUUUGAGGGUUUUAUAGAGGACUGACAAUCGACCGCAAUGGAGGAGACCGAGGACAGCACGUUCGAAACCAUGGAAAUAGACACCCAGGAGGUUUUAAAGGAGUUCUCAGGAGAUGGAAGGUUUCGUGUGGAAUAUGAGAAGGUCGCCAAUGCUCUGCAGAAGUCCCACAAGAACGAAAAGAGACUGAUGGCCAAAUGCAUGGAGCUGAACGCAGAGUUGAUGUCCACCUCUGUCAAACUAUCCACAGCCAUGAAACUAUCUGAUGAAGACCAAACCACAAUCAGCACCCUUAAAAUGGAAAUUGACAAGGCCUGGAAAAUGGUUGAAGCUUCACACAAAAAGGAGUUGCAGGCAAAAGAAUCAAUCCUGAAACUAAAGGAGGAAAUAACCAAUCUCCAAAAUCUUGUUGGAAAAGGAGCUGGAGUCUUUGAGGGCCAAGAAUACAGCAUGGGCGAUCUGUUAAAGAACAUAGAGGAGCUGACCAAUGAGAGAGACAAGCUGCUGUCCGAGGUGGUGACACUCCGGGAGAACCUCACUAAAGCCACUGAUGCUGCUCAGCAGGAGAUAGAGGCGGAGAAAAACAAAGCCAUGGACAUGAUUGCUCAGCUCCAGCAGGACAUCCAGGUGCGCCAGAAUGAGCUUCAACGAGAGACGAGGAGGAAGGAGAAGUUGGAAAAGGAAGUGAAGCAGCUUCAAACUGACCUGGAGUCCAAACAAUCAGAGAUUAAAUCACUCACUCAGCAGAGCCAGCAUCUGCAAGAUGAUCAGCAGAAACUGGAACAACAGCUCCAGGAAAGCAAAAUUAUAAAUGAGAAAACCAGUAAAGAAAUGGAACAACUCCAACAUCGCAACACUAAAUUGCAGCAGGAUAAUGAACAAAACUCCAUCAGCCUAGAGCAACUGUCCCUACAGAUCCAACAGCAAGCAUCAGACCUGAAGAUAAAAGAGGAGAUAGCAACCCAGCUGAAACAGGAGAUCUCGAAGCUUACAAAAUUGAGAGAGGGGGUGCAGAGGAGACUCCAGCUGACGCAGGAGCAGAAAGUAGAGGUGGAGAACCAAAGGGAAACACUCAGGAAUCAGAUCAUUGGACUAAAGAGAGAAAUGGAGGUCUCAAAAAAUCAGACGGAUAUGGACAAGAAGGCUAUAGAUGAACUGGUGCGGGAGAAGGGCAUCCUCAAUAAGAAUAUGAUCAAGGCGGCAAAUGAAACCGACAAACAACAGAACUAUGUUAAGCAAUACGAACAGUCGAUGAAGUCUCUGGAAAAUGAGAUUUUAAACUACAGGGAUGAAGCCCAGAAACAACGAAAGAUCAUCUUCCAGCUGGAGAAAGAGAGGGAUCACCACAUAAACGAGGCCAGUGAGCUCAAAAAGAAGGUUUUUGAGAAUAUGGAGGAAAAUAAACUGAAGCAGAUUAAGAUAUUUGAGGAAGAGAAGAGAAUCGCAGAAGUUGAAACAAAACUGAAGCAGCAAAAGAAUCUCUAUGAGGAUGUUAGAACAGAGAGGGACCUCUUCAGCAAGAACCUGAUCGAGGCCAAGGAUGAUCUACAGAAGAUGAAGCAACAGGCUCAAGAGACGAAACAGUCCAAUGAGAAACUGGAGGCAGAGGAACGCGAGCUGCUGAAGAUCAUAGCAAAGGCUGACGUAGAGAGGAUCCGGCAGAAAAAGGAGCUCGAUCAGGUGAUAUGUGAGCGUGACCUCCUGGGGACACAGUUGGUGAAGAGAAACGAUGAGCUGAAACUGCUGUACGAAAAGAUCAAAAUUCAAGAGUCCAUCAUAAACAAGGGCCAUCUUCAUUACAACGAAAAAGUGGAGGAUAUCAGACUCCUGAAGCUAGAGAUCAAGAAGCAAAGACGAGAAAAGAACAUCCUCAAUAAGACCGCAUCAAAUGUCGAGGACCUCAGACAGGAAGUGUUUCAUAUGCAGAGGGAGUUGCUGAAAGAGAGGACAAGAUGUCGUGCUCUGGAAGACGAGCUCAAAAAUCCCAUGAAUGUACACCAUUGGAGAAAAAUAUCGGAAACUGAUCCAAGCACCUUCGAAUUGAUUCAGAAGAUUCAUUGUCUGCAGCGGAGGCUGAUAGCUAAGACUCAGGAGGUUGUGGAGAAAUCGCUUCUGCUACAGGAGAAAGAUAAACUUUACGUGGAGCUGAAACACAUCCUCGCUCGGCAGCCCGGUCCGGAGGCAGCAGAAAAACUGCAGGUUUAUCAACGAACUCUCCGGGAGAAGACCAAACAACUGAAGGCCUUAACAGCUGAGCUCAACAUGCGCGAGUCCCAAGUGGAAGACUACAAGUAUGAAAUCGAACGCUUGGCACAAGAACUCCAAGAAGUCAAGAAAAAAUACCUCGCACAGAAACGCAAAGAGCAGGAGUACAGGGAGAAGGAGCGAAAUCUCUCAGCGACAGGACAGCCUGCGAUUCAGCCUCAGCGUCCGGACGGCCCCAGAUUCGCUGGAGGGGGCUUCAGUUUUAAGCAGCACAACAGGAUGACACUUCAAGCCCUGGAACAGCAAUCCUGAUGCCCACCACACUCCUCCGAGGACCCUCUUCACCCAUCAUCGCCUCCUGAUAGACCGUAUAUUCUUGUAUUUAUUCAGCUCUGGCAGUCACCAAUGCACUAAAGUCAUUUUGCCUUCUGGAAUAAAUAAAUUCAGUUAUUUUCACUGAAAA